UGUUUUACACAGCCUGGCAACCCUAAUCCAGCAACGCCAAGUAGAAGCAUGUUUUCAUACUUUUUACCGGGCAAAAUGUACUUAAUUAUAUAAUUCAGCGGCACUUGCAGCAAUGGAUUCCACGGACACCACCCAGCGGAAGCCCAGACGCACCCACGGCACACCAUCCUAUACGUACCGCAAUCGAUUCGCCUACGCCCUACUGGCCGUCGGAACUGUGCUCUUCGGCAUUUGGAGCCUGACUCCCAUCCAGCGCAUUGCCAACGAGAAGCUGUCCCAGGCGGUGGCCCAAACGGAACAGGAGCGCGAUAGGAAAGGACUCUUUCAGUUCGCCGCUCCAAGGACUUCGGAGUUCAUCAAGCAGGCCAUCGAGGAGAGCGAGGAGCAAAAGAACAAAUAAUGGAUCGCAAGACGCGGCGGGCGAACUUCAAAAACCUGCAGCCCCGAUCGACGCGAAGCACCAAAGCAAACGCAGAGACAUUAUCGUUAUC